UCACUACGGUGUAAGUUCUUCUCUCCGCUCCCUGCGGUCUCGCCAUCAGCUGCAGCGCCUUCGGCUUCCAGCAGGGGGGGCCCUCUGCCAGGGUAUUGUGUCCCGGGGAGCGUGAUGGAGGACCGGUGGCACACCGCAUCAAGUUCUGGAGGUCCGAUCCAGUUGUGAUGGACCCGUUCGAGGGCUCCGCUUCUCCCCGACAUGAAGAGGGCAGCUGUUGCCCGUGGGCCCGAUUCUCAUCCUGGCUAGAGUGUGUUUGUGUCGUGACGUUCGACCUGGAGCUCGGACAGGCCAUAGAGCUGGUGUAUCCUCAGGAUGUGAGACUUACCGAGAAAGAGAAAAGCAGCAUCUGCUACCUGUCCUUCCCUGAUUCCUACUCAGGAUGCCUUGGGGACACGCAGUUCAGCUUCAGACUGCGUCAGUCAGUUGGUCGCAGAACGUCCAGGUUCACUGAUGAUGCUUACAACAGAGAUGCUCCCAUCACCCUGCAGAGAGAAACGUCCCAUUUCUUCGGUUUCGUCUACUUCAGGCAAGUCAAAGACGUUUCUGUGAAGAGGGGAUACUUUCAGAAGUCUUUGGUGCUGGUGUCCCGGUUCCCAUACACUCACCUCUUCCAGUCUCUUCUUCACAUCAUUGCUCCGGAGUUCUUUGAGAAGCUGGAGCCGUGUCUUGAAGCAGUGUGUAAUGAGAUCGACCAGUGGCCUUUGCCCGUACCUGGCCUGACCCUGAACCUGCCGUUGAUGGGUGCCGUCUUACAAGUGAGGAUUCCAUCAAAAAGCGACAAACCUGGAGGAAGUCCUGUUCGACAAACGACCAGAGAGAACCUGCUGCCGGCUCCAACUGUGCUGCCCACUAUUCAUGAAGUGGACCUGUUCAAGUGUUUUCAGUCGGUCCUGGUCCACCUGCAGAUGCUUUGGGAGCUCAUGUUACUCGGGGAACCAGUGGUUGUCAUGGCUCCAUCUCCCACUGUCUCCUCGGAGACCGUGCUGGCACUCGUUGGUGCCAUCACUCCUCUGAAGUUCUGCUGCGACUUUCGGCCUUAUUUCACAAUUCACGACAGUGAGUUCAGAGAGUACACCACCAGGACCCAGGCGCCACCCAACGUUGUCCUUGGAGUCACCAACCCAUUCUUUAUCAAGACUUUUCAAACGUGGCCUCACAUUGUCAGACUGGGGGAGAUUAGGAUGGCAGGUGAUUUACCAAAACAGGUGAAGGUGAAGAAACUUUCCAAACUGAAAACUCUAGACACCAAGCCAGGAAUCUACACAUCGUACAGAACGUUUCUACAUAAAGACAAGAUUCUGAUUAAACGACUGCUGAAGGGCUUCCAGAGGAGGAGGCCAUCCGAGGUUCAGAGCGUCAUCCUGAGGAGACAUUUGUUAGAGCUCACUCAGAGCUUCAUUAUCCCUCUGGAGCGGUAUAUGGCGAGCCUGAUGCCUCUGCAGAGGUCUGUGACUCCUUGGAAGACGCCUCCUCACAUUCGACCCUUCAGUCAGGAUGAGUUCAUGGCCACUCUGGGUCACACCGGCCCUCAGCUCACCUCAGUGCUCAAAGGUGAUUGGGUGGGAUUGUACAGGAAGUUCUUCAGGUCUCCAAAUUUUGAUGGAUGGUAUCGCCACCGACACAAAGAGAUGACUCAGAAACUGGAGAGUCUUCACCUGGAGGUCAUCUGUGAUGCUGACCUGCUGGGAUGGACCAGAGACAAGUCUGAAGUAGAAAUCGUGGAUUUGAUUCUCAAGCUCAGAGAGAAACUGAAUAAAGCCCGUCGACAGCAGCUGCAGGUGAAGGAUGGAGUGAUGGACAAACUUGAUGGAUUCAUAAAAUCCACCAUUGGUUCGCUGCCUGAAGACCUGCAGACUGUUCUCAGCUCUCGCUGACGAACACCAAAAAUACUGUUUCAUCAUUAUUUCAAAAUGUUGCAGCUACUGAUGAUAGAAACAGACAUGAACCUGAGACUAAUACAGACAUUUAGCUUUCCUUUCAUUACUAAGGUAUAAUUGUUUUGUUUAACUUCUCUCGAUGCAACUCACUCGAUGUCUCAUCCUAAAUUAUGUAUUCCUUUCCUGACAACUGAGUUCAUAGUUUCAUGUUUUGACUAUUAGGAAAAUAAAAGUUGUUGUAUAGAAAAAGUCUCA